GCACGCACUUGCAAAGAACUCGAGAGCUUGAUUCAAUCAUACCCUACACUGCCAUGGAGUCCAGCAGGAUGCGCUGCUGCAUGCUGCUUGUUGUUUCCUUGGCUCUGCUGCUCCCGCUGGGCAUGGCCGCGGACUCCAUCGGCAGCUACUGCUCAGGAAGCAGCUACGCUGGCAGCAGCAAGGCCGUGGCCAACAUCAACUCCGUCCUCGCCGACCUCGUCGCCUCGGCCUCCUCCACCGGGGGCUACGCCACGUCCACCGCCGGCAAGGGCAACAACAGCAUCAUCUACGGCCUCGCGCAAUGCCGCGGCGACGUCUCCGCCAGCGACUGCGCGUCCUGCCUUGCCGACGCCGCCAAGCAGCUCCCCAGCACCUGCAGCUACAGUUCCGACGCGAGGAUAUGGUACGACUACUGCUUCAUGCGGUACGAGAACGCCAACUUCUUCGGGCAGGCGGACACGGACGCGGGCGUGAUCCUGGUGAACGUGCAGGCCAUGGACAACCCGAAGGCGUUCGAGAAGGCGGUGGGGAAGGUGAUGGGCAAGGCGACGGCGCAGGCGUCGGCGGCGGGCAGCGCGGGGCUCGGGCGGGACAAGGAGCAGUACACGCCGUUCGUGUCCAUCUACGGGCUGGCGCAGUGCACGCGGGACCUCGCGCCGCUGACCUGCGCGCAGUGCCUGUCCACGGCGCUGUCCAGGUUCGGCGACUACUGCGGCGCGCAGCAGGGCUGCCAGAUCAACUACAGCAGCUGCAGGGUGCGCUACGAGAUCUACCCCUUCUACUUCCCGCUCGCCGGAAAGGGCGGCGGCCUCGCCACCACCGACAUGACGAAGAACACCAAGAUCGUCGUGCGUCCUUAAUUAGCCUGAAGUGACUUGUGUGCCUUAACGUAGGGUAAAGUAGCCUUGCGUUAGCUAGCAAUAAAGAUGUGCAACUGUAUGUGUUAAGAGCUUAUGCAGUGUAAGUACAUCUCUGCGUCGAAGCAAUAGUAUUGAUAUGUUAAACUACGAUCAGUCACCACCAACUUUUAUGUUCC